CUUUGUCACGAGUCCAACCUCACCCUAAAGUGUCUCGCCUUUUUCUGUUCCUCUCUGUCUGCUCUCGCUUCGAGAGAGAGAGGGGGGGAGAUGGGGAGAGCUCCGUGCUGUGAGAAAGUGGGGCUGAAGAGAGGGAGGUGGACUGCGGAGGAAGAUGAGAUCCUCACCAAGUUCAUUCAAGCCAAUGGCGAAGGUUCUUGGCGAUCUUUGCCCAAGAAAGCCGGUUUGCUGAGAUGCGGAAAAAGUUGCCGGCUGAGAUGGAUAAAUUAUCUAAGGACGGACCUGAAGAGGGGAAAUAUCACGUCCCAAGAGGAAGAGAUCAUCGUCAAGUUGCAUAACGCUAUAGGCAACAGAUGGUCGCUUAUAGCAACAUACUUACCAGGAAGAACAGACAACGAAAUCAAGAACUACUGGAACUCGCAUCUGAGCCGCAAAGUUUACACCUUUACGAACACGAAGCCCGGAGAUGACACGAGUCUGAUCCUCGACGAGAUAAUCUCCAAGACAUCUUCUUCUUCUUCUUCUUGCAACCAGAAGAAGAAGAGGAAGAAGAAGGGAAGGACAAGUAGAUCGGAGAUGAAGAAACACAAGCAAAUGGUGGCUUCAUCGACACAGAUGAAGACGACAGGAACGCCAAGUUUCGCCGUUGAGGUUCCGGGGGAUCCAUUAUUUGGGGAAGACAAGACAUGCCCAGAUGGUGAAAGCGGACAGGGAAGUGAGAUCAGCGAGAAAGGGCAAAUGGGUCAUUCGGAGGAGGACAGCUUGGGCCCGUACGAAUGGCUGGACAACGAGAUUGAGCGGCUCAUGAUGAGUAGUUGCGUAUGGGAGGGCGAAGAGGUUGUUAUUGGGUUUAAUGGUACUGAGUUUCAGGACAAGAUAGGUGAAAAUGGGGACAGCAUUAGUUGUUUUUUGGGUUUGUCCGAAGAAGAACAGGGUGGUGGGGCAGAGUUCAGUAACACGGCAACAAAAGUUGAUGUUAACGCGGAAAGGGAAAGGGAAGGAAGUGUGUUGAGUUCAAAUUCAGACGAAGGUUGUAAUCCAGACUGGUGGGCUGAUCUCUGCAGCUCGGAAGUCGGUCUUGGGAUCGACGAGGAGUGGAUUGAUUGGGAUUUCCAAUAUGGCCUCACAUGUCAGAGCGAUUUCUGGAAUCUGCCAGCUGGCGUCGACGGAGAAACAGUUGUCUGAUCAAUCUGAAGAAGCGAGUUUAAGAUCUUUGAACGUAAAGUUUCUGCUUUGUUUUGUCAGACGCCGCCGAUUUGGCGAAGGAAGCAUGGCUGUGUUGCAGAAGCUCCUGCAGUGGUGACGAAGAAGAAGAUGAUUGCAUGAAGAAACGUUAGGGCAAAUGUCGCUUUCUAGUUAUAAGAAGUUUCAGAUCAGAUGCGUGUAUUCUUUGAUGAUUCUUUCCAUGUUUUCUGCUCUUUUUUUUUUUAAGGUCUGUUUUCGGUUUUCAUGGUUUAUGUGAAAAAUACAGAAUAAUAUAAUUCGAAUAAUAUCGAUACAAAAGUAUA